AUGGCGCAGAGCAAGCUAUCCACCAUACUGAGGGAUGGGGCCCUGGAUCUGGCGCCGUAUGAGGAUCUCUAUAAGCAUUUCCACGCCCAUCCUGAACUCUCACUCCAAGAGGAAUCAACGUCACAAACGGUCGCCGCCCAUCUGGCUCAACUCAAAGCUUACGAACUACACACGAAUAUUGGUGGAUACGGACUCGUCGGGAUUCUCCGAAAUGGCCCGGGAAAGACUGUUCUUCUGCGCGCAGACAUGGACGCCCUGCCAGUCAAGGAGCUCACCGGGCUCCCAUACGCAAGCACAGUUACUAUGCGCGACGGCGAUGGGAUCGAGAAGCCCGUAAUGCACGCGUGUGGACAUGACAUGCAUAUUACUUGUCUACUCGCGGCAGCUGAGACGAUGGCAACCAUCCAGCACGCAUGGAGCGGGACGUUAAUCGUGCUGUUCCAGCCCAACGAGGAACGGGGCGGUGGCGCACAAGCAAUGGUAGACGAUGGCCUUUAUGAGAAGAUCCCCAAGCCCGAUUAUAUCUUUGGCCAGCACGUCAUGCGAAUGCGCGCCGGAAGCGUCGGCUCCCGUCCUGGGACUAUCAUGGCGGCUGCCGACAGUCUCAAAAUUACCGUCUACGGGCGCGGUGGCCACGGAUCACUGCCGCAUCAGACCGUAGAUCCCGCAUUGCUUGCCGCGCAUAUCGUCGUCAGACUGCAGAGUAUUGUAAGCCGUGAAAUCGACCCAAGCGACCUGGGUGUCGUAACGGUCGGAAGUCUGCAAGCAGGGCAGACCGAGAAUAUCAUCGCGGAUCGGGCGGAGAUCGGGCUUGAUUUCAGAACCGUCAGGCUGGAGACUCGCCAGAAGAUCAUAUCCGCUAUCCAGCGUAUUGUUGAGGCUGAAUGUAUGGCAAGUGGCUCGCCUCAACCGCCAGUCUUCACUCCAACACGGCGGUUUCCACCCACCCUAAAUGACGGCGAUGUGGCGGCUGAACUAGCCGCAUCAUUCGGCGAGCAUUUUGAGGACUUUGACGGCGAUACACCGAGAACCAAUGUCAGCGAAGAUUUCUCCACGCUCGGCACUUCCCAAGGCAUUCCCUGUUGCUUUUGGUUCAUAGGGGGGAUCGAUGCCGAACUGUGGGAUAAAGUCCACCAAGACAAUCACACAGAGCAGAUCGCCGGAAACCACUCUGCCCUGUUUGCGCCUUGCAUACAGCCGACAAUGAAGGUGGGAGUCGACGCGCUUUGUCUUGCUGCCUUGACUUUCUUAACGAAAUAG